CAUUGAAUUUCAAUGUCAGUUUUGCUCAAGAACCCUAUGUGUCCAUCCGAGAACAUCGUAACAGGGAUUGCUGCUGUCGUGUUCAGAUAAUGUUACGCUCUAAUUUAUUUGAAUAUACGUACGUGGUUCCACGAAACAUUAUUUUUCCCCACUCGGACCUCUGGCGGAACUAAAGCACAGUUCAUGUUGUGGAGGGGAGGAAUUUCAAUAACGUACUCAACAAUGUCAAAGCGUUUUUUCAUUUUUGGUAGGGAAUUGUAAAGGUGGUGAAAUUCGGAUAUGUUAGUACGCAGAUGUAGGUGCGUCAGUUUUACAGUAAAUCGUGGAAAAUCUGGUUUGCAAUGAAAAAGCUAACGCCAACGCUUUUAUGGUGUUUAUGGUCGUCUAACUGUCACACAGGACCCAAUGUAGUUUUACAGCCGAUUAAAGGAAAAGGGGCUCGGAAUAACGAGGUAAGAAAAACCCAGAAAACAGAAAGAUCCUUGUGUCCAGCAGUUCUCAGUCACUUUGACCAGCAGUACAGUGAAGAACUUGGAGACUUGUGGACAUCUGCAAGAGCAGUUUUCCUGGACCCUCAGUCUUGGCAGUAUGGAGUCAUGCUCAAUCGCUUCAGUGUUGUGACAGACAUCAUGCAGAUUCUUCAGUCUCAGGGUUUUUCAGCAUUGCUGCCGCAAACACAGGUGUCACAGUUCAUGUGUAAUGGUGCCUCCACUGUGUCUAAUUCCAAUAACAAAGAAGGAAAAGAUAAUCUGUUGUCUUGUCACCACACCUCCAAGGGCUCUCCUGAGGACUCAGAUUUCCAGCCAUACAUCACUUCUCAUGCUCUCACUCAGGGCUCUCAGUCAAAGCCCUGUCUUACUUUACCCCAUACUUCACUGCAGUGUUACAUCCACUCAAGUCCACUGAGGUUUCCCUCUCAGGCUCACAGACCUGGGCAACUGAAGCAGUACUACCUCCUGAAUGCUGCCUCCCUGCUACCAGUGCUCGCUCUGCAAAUCAGAGAUGGAGACAAGGUUUUGGAUCUUUGUUCUGCUCCUGGAGGCAAAGCCAUAGCCAUAAUGCAGAGUGCAACUCCAGAGCUUCUCUGCUGUAAUGAACCAGAUCCUCACAGACGGGACUGGCUGAGCAAAACCCUAGCUUCUUUUCUGCCCAGCUCACUAAACAACAGAGUGGUUGUGUCUGCACAGGAUGGACAGGCUUUUGGGCAAAGUGAAGCAGGCUUUUAUGACAAGGUUUUAGUUGAUGCUCCUUGUUCCAAUGACAGGAGCUGGUUGUAUUCUAGCAACAGCCAGCAGGUGGCGCAGAGGCUGAAAGACAGAGUCAGACUGCCUGUACUACAGGCUCAACUGCUUAGGUCUGCAUUAUCUGCAGUGCGCCCGGGGGGUGUUGUGGUCUAUUCAACUUGCACACUUUCAAGCUUUGAGAACUACGCUGUUGUUGAGACAGUGCUAAAAGACUUUCCUGAGGCUGAACCCGAAGAUCUAUGGGAGGAGAUUGCCAUUUCCUUAAAAAAAUACUUUGAAUUUAGUUCUUACCCUGGUCAUAGCCAGUUACGUCCUGACCCAUCCCUGCUGCCAGAAAGCAGCGCUGCGUCCGCUUAUCACCACAGACUUGGCAUUCUAGUCGUUCCUCAACCUGGCAAGACCUGGGGACCCAUGUUUUUGUCUCGGAUUAGAAGAAAGGAAUGAGGUGGAUCUUUAUAUCCAGAGAAGAUGUGUGAAAUGAAAUUAAAUAAAAAUGCAAGUGACAGAUAACCUCAAUACAAAGUCAUGUACUUGGCAGUAGCGGCAGCAGUUGUUAACACAUGCAGAUAUAAACAUGCCAGUGUCAACACAUACCUUAUAAAUGUCAGGAGUGAUGCUCUUCUCUGCACUUUCAUCACUGCUACACAAAUCAUCUGGAGGAUUUUUGUGUUGCCGCUGUAGUGUUUCAUGCUUGCCUACUAACUAAUGUCUUCUGAAUGCAUACAAUAAAUAUUUUUAACAGUGUA